UCGGGUUGUUGCUGCCGGCUGCACUCUGGACACUUUCUCCGAAGAGCGAGGGAAACACUCAGUGGUAACACUUGUUAGUGGGUCACACUCGGGCCGGCACCAUGUCUGACUGCGGAAGCCAGGAGUGUGAAGCGGGGGCAGGCACCAGCGGGGAACUGGAUGAGGACGAGAUCCUCGCAACAUUGUCUGCUGAAGAACUAAAGCAACUGCAAAGCGAGAUGGAAGACCUGGACCCUGACCCGCUUGUGCCCCUGGGGCACAGGCAGAAAGAUCACACGGAGAAAGCCCCCACUGGCUCCUUCGAUCACAGGUCCCUGAUUGAGUACUUGUACUGGGAGAAGGAAUCGGGUCGACUCGUGGAGGAAGAGAGGAUUCCGGCCACUCUGCUGGACAGCGAGCAAAAUGUAGUGAAAAAUGUCAAUGAAACACCAGUUGAAAAGGACUGUGAGGGAGGAAAGAAUAAAAGUGAGGCUGAAGACUGUGGUAAAGGAGAAGAAAAUGCCAAAAACCUUAAUGGAAAUAGCCAGCAGAUCCAGCAAUUGGAAGAUGGCAAGCUGGAGAGUAAAAAGGUUUCUUACAAGUCAGAGAAAGAGAAGGAGCUAGUGGAGAUGAUGAAGGCACAGCAAAACAAAGAACUGCCGGCGACUGAACCUGAUCCUGAACUUGAAGGUAAAAGCAGUAACCCAGAGAAAGUUGUGGAGAAGAACCCAGAUCAACAGAAGACUGAAGACACCACUCCCUUGUGCAACAAGGCAGAUCCAGGCCCCUCCACUGAAGAUCAGGGUGCAGUCAAUGACAGCAAAGGAGAGCCCAAAGAAGAACUUUCUACACCGCAAAAAGAAAACCAAGAAAAUAAUGAGGCAAAGGGAAAAUUAAAAGCAGGAAAGAAGCUAGAAAUGGACAGUAGUUUCCUCAAACUUACCGCGAGGCCUUCAGGAAACCCGACACUUUUGGAUGAGGCACUGGCAAAUGUUCGCAAAAACAAACCGGAUGUUAAAGAGGUCAACCUGAACAAUGUGGAAAACGUCCCAAAAGAUAUGCUGAAAAGCUUCGUGGAAGCUUUGAAGAAGAACAAGCAUGUGACCUCUUUCAGCAUCGCAAACACGGGUGCCGAUGAUAAUAUUGCCUUUGCCAUAGCCAAUAUGCUGAGAGAAAACAAGAAAAUCAUUACCCUCAACAUCGAGUCCAACUUCAUCUCAGGCAAAGGCAUUGUGGCUAUCAUGAGGUGCUUGCAAUUUAACGAGGUCCUCACUGAGCUGAGGUUUCACAACCAGAGGCAUAUGUUGGGGCACCACGCUGAGAUGGAGAUUGCCAGACUUCUCAAAGCCAACACAACCCUGCUGAAGCUGGGUUAUCACUUUGAGCUGCCAGGGCCCAGGAUGGUAGUCACCAACUUGCUGAGUCACAAUCUGGAUCAACAAAGACAGAAGAGACUAGAGCAGCAAAGAAACCAGUUUGCACAGGAGCAAGAAAUCAUGGUGAAUGCCUGUCAGAAAAUCUCUCCCGACACACUGGCGAUGUUGGAUGCCUACAUGCCGAGUUUCUCCACCUUCUGUGAAGAUCAUUCCCUCCCACCCAUAGCCUUUCACAAUCGCUCGCCAAGUACUGCUCCAAAAGUGCAACUUAGAAAAACAACCAAAAAACAGAGUAAAAAAAAAGUCGAUCAAGACAGAACAGAUGGGAAUGAAACACCAAACUUAAAGGCUAUGAUAAGGUCGCUAAAGCCAGUUCCCAGGACUCGACAGGCACCUAUGGUUGAGUGGACCCCUCGAGAUCAGUUGUUAAAUGAUAUUCGUCAGAGCAACGUGGCCUAUUUAAAAUCUGUUCCACUUCCAAAGCUGUUGAGUUAGUCUUGUUAAUGUGGAGAGCCAGUAAGCCAGACAUUUGGCUAAAAAUUUCAAAAUCGUGCAACAAUGAAGAAGGAGUGUCACAAUAAACCUUUGACAGAUCCCUACUGUUUGCAUAUCUGUGUGGGAACAAUUAAUAAGAACAGGUUGGAGGGGUUUAUCUUUA